AUGGUAAAGGAAGGAUAAUAAAAAUAGGAAAUUAGCAAGAGCACAUCUUCUGAACAGUCAAAUAAAGAAGAGAUUUAGCCCUCAAGAAAUGAUAGUGACCAAAGCGGUACUAAAACUAAUCCUAUUGAGACUGAGUUAGCUUAGCAAUAAUCAGUAGAAACAAACAAUGCAGCUAAUGAAGGAGAUGUAUAAAAAAUUGAAAAAAUUCCUAGCUCAGAAAAAGUUUAGAAAACUGAAUAGAACAUUCAAAAGCAAAGCUCCCAAUUUAAUGAUGAGAAAGGAGGAGAUAGUUCUCUAAAAGCAAAUACUUCAUAGAAAAUUGAGCAAAAUUUGAAUUCAGCUUUCUCAGCUAUGGGAGGAUUUAUGUCUGGAAUCAUAAAUAAGGUGUAGCAAGGAGCGUCUUCUAGCUUAGGAUAAAAUUAAUCUACUUUGCAUCGUCGUCAGAAAAACGAAGAUUUCAUUCAAGAGAGAGAAGUUUUAAUGCAAUCUGCUUAGAAUAGAAAAAGCUCUGUCUAUUCUCUGUUGAAAGAAUGGGAUUAAGCAAGAAUUAAUUCUUUAAAUAUCCACAGAAAUAUCAUAGAAAGUAUCUUGGGAAGAGUUGACUAGAGGAUGAAGGCAAGCUAAGAAAAUUUAACAGGUAUUACUCUUUUCAUUAAAGUGAUUGUAGAUUAAAUUAAAAAUGCAGCAUCAGUCAACCUCCCAAGUAUAUCUAAUGGCCAUAUCUAUAAGGCUAUCUAUGAUAAAAUCUAUGAAGCUAUUCAUAAAUUUGAAAACAGCACUUUAGAAAUGAAGAAAAAAGCACUCACUUUUCAUGAAAAAGUUGAAGUAGAAAUUCACUAAGGAUUAAUAGCUGCAGAAGCUGAGCAUUAUUCAAAUACCAUAGCAACUAUACGCACUAAUUUGCUUAACUUAAAACGCUCACUACAUGAGUAAUAAUUAAAAGUUACGCGUAAAAGCAUCAAAGUGAAAGAUGUCUACACACAUAACUCUGACUCUUCAAAGAAACCAAAGAAAGAUUUUCAAAAGUCAUUAUAUUCUUUUCUUUUAGCAUGCCAGGAUUUUAGAGAUCUUCAAAUAAUUUUGGCUAAAGCCACUGUUGGAUUUUGGAAAAAGUCUAUUGAACUCGAAAAGCAACGUUCAAAAGCAGUACAAAAGAUAGUUACCGAUUUCAUUCAUCUUCACUAAACCUAUGUAGUAGAACAGGGACUUCCUACUUAUUUUACUUAGGAUUUAGUUUAAACACUACAAUAAUAAGUGGUAACAGAUGAAUUUAUUAUAAAUCAUAUGGAUUUUAAUUCUAUCAUCUCCCCUGAAGAUUAAAUCUACAUCUCAACACAGUUAAAAAAGCCUAAAAAAAUAACUGUUCCAGCUCAAAUUUCUUCUGAAGGAAAGUAAGAAGUAGCUGAAUAAGGAAUUUAUGACAUAUCAAUUUAGGAAGUCUAUCAUUUCUUGACAAAAAUUUAAUAUCCUCAAUUUGAUGACACAGGUCUUGCUCACAAAAAAAUGCAAGUCUAGAGAGAAUUCCCUAAAGAGCAUUUCAAAAACACUACAAUUUUGAUCACGCCUGACUCAUUCUUAUUAUGCUAUGACGAAUAAACUUAGUAGAAUAAUCAAAAUCCUCAACAUUAGUCAUAGCAACCACAAUAACAAUAACAAUAACAAUAACAAUAACAAUAACAAUAGCAACAACAUUCUUAGGAUUAAGAAGAAGAGCAGAAAGAAUAACCAAAAUAGGAAUAACAAUAAUCUAAAGAACAUCAAGGCUAGGAAGAAAUUAAGAGAGUUAGAACUUCAAGUACAUAAAUAGAAGACGAAUAAUAUUAAAGAUUAUUUUAUUAGCGUUAGCCUGACUAUUAAAUGCAAAUCUAGCAAAUUACAUUAAAAAGAAAUGGAUUAGCACUUGAUUUAAAAUCUAGUUCAAAAUCUAGUUUCAUACAAUUAUUGUAUCCCUCAAGUGAAAUAAAGUUCCUUUUUAAAACUUCAGACCAAAUGGAAGAAUUUAUCUAAAUAAUACAAGCCUUAGAAGAAAUCUCAGAUUGA